CUCUUUUUAAGCUGGUCAAAUCUGAAACGAUCGUACGGUCUACACUGAUCAGAUGUAUGGUAAGGUAUCAAAGAAGGGUACGUUAGUCAUUUUAACAGCUGUUUUUGCGUUACUUAAGAGACAAUAAAGCCACAAGUCUUUGGUCUUAAUUACGGACCAUACCACUUUCCUUCUUUAGUGUCUUGGAAUCCUCAACGCUCGCUUCUAUACUCUCUCUUUGCUUUCUCUCCUCUGUCUGCAACUUUUGGAAGAGCGACAAUGGAGAAACGUUUUCUCUUCAACCAGCAUUUGCUUCUCUCUCUACUCCUUCUCUCUCUUCUUCACUGUUAUCUCGCUUCUUCUUCGAGCUCCGAUUUAGAUGCUCUUAAAAACUUCAAGUCCUCCGCUGAUUCCACCGGAAAACUUAACUCGUGGAACUCAACCACCGAUCCUUGCAAAUGGACCGGAGUUUCCUGCGUCGGAAACCGAGUCACGCGAGUCGUUCUCGAGAGCCUCGAACUCACCGGGUCAAUCGAACAACUCGCCUCGCUCACUGAGCUCCGAGUUCUCAGUCUCAAACGAAACCGCCUCUCGGGUCCAAUCCCAGACCUCUCGAAGCUCACAGCACUAAAGCUACUCUUCUUAUCGGAAAACCAAUUCUCCGGGGAGUUUCCGGCGUCGGUUACUUCACUCUCUCGUCUAUACCGUCUUGAUCUCUCCUUCAACAACUUCUCCGGCGAGAUUCCACUGACUUUAACCCAUUUAACCCAUCUCCUCACUCUCCGGUUAGAAACCAACCGGUUUUCCGGUCAAAUACCAGACAUCAUCCUCUCCGAUCUCCAAGAUUUCAACGUCUCCGGCAACAACCUAGAAGGUCAGAUACCAAAUUCCUUAUCCGAAUUCCCCAAAUCCGUCUUCGGUCAAAACCCAUCUCUCUGCGGAGCUCCGUUGCUAAAAUGCUCCAGCAACCCAACAAAACCGGGUCGAACCGAUGGAGCAACAGCUUCUCCUGUAACCAAACCAGAAACAGUACCUUCCUCUCCAACCUCAAUUCACUCCAACAACAACAAAGACGAAGACAGCAAAAGCUCGACGAGAAUCAGUACAUUAGCACUCGUAGCAAUUAUCCUCGGAGACGUCAUUAUCUUAAGCUUCGUCUCUCUCCUUCUCUACUGUUGCUUCUGGAGACAAUACGCAACAAACAGGAAGAAAGACUCGAAGGUUCUUGAAGGAGAGAAGAUAGUCUACUCGUCGAAUCCAUACCCUAACGCGGCGGCGAACAACCAGCAGCAACAAGGCGGUGGUGACAGGGGUAGAAUGGUCUUUUUCGAAGGAACAAGGAGGUUUGAGCUUGAAGAUCUUCUCAGAGCUUCGGCUGAGAUGCUUGGGAAAGGAUGCUUCGGGACAGCGUACAAGGCGGUUCUUGACGACGGCAACGAGGUUGCGGUGAAAAGGUUGAAAGACGCCGUGAAUGUCGCCGGAAAGAAAGAGUUUGAGCAACAGAUGGAGGUUUUAGGGAGGCUCCGUCACGCUAAUCUCGUGAGCUUGAAGGCUUAUUACUUUGCUAGAGAAGAGAAGCUUCUUGUCUAUGAGUACAUGCCUAAUGGUAGCCUCUUCUGGCUUCUCCAUGGAAACCGUGGACCGGGUCGGACUCCACUUGACUGGACCACGCGCCUGAAGAUCGCAGCGGGGGCGGCGCGUGGCGUAGCUUUCAUCCACAACUCAUGUAAAACCCUGAAGCUCACUCACGGUGUCAUCAAAUCCACCAACGUCCUCCUCGACAACUCCGGCAACGCUCGCGUUUCCGAUUUCGGCUUAUCUAUCUUCGCACCGUCGCAAACUACCGCUAAAUCCAACGGCUACCGUGCGCCGGAGCUGAUCGACGGCCGAAAACCCACCCAAAAAACCGACGUGUACUCAUUUGGAGUGCUCCUUCUUGAGAUACUCACCGGGAGGUGUCCUAACUUAGUGGAGACGGGUCACUCCGGCGGAGCGGGUGGGGCGGUGGAUUUACCGAGAUGGGUACAAUCGGUGGUGAGAGAGGAGUGGACGGCUGAGGUUUUUGAUUUGGAGCUGAUGAGGUAUAAGGACAUAGAGGAGGAGAUGGUGGGGCUGCUGCAGAUUGCUAUGGCCUGCACGGCGGCGACGGCGGAUCAUAGGCCGAAGAUGAGUCAUGUGGUGAAGAUGAUAGAGGAGAUACGUGGUGGUGGUGGCUCAGAGGCGUCGCCGUGCAACAAUGGGAUUAAUUCUGCGGCGGAGUCUUCGCCGUGCUUGUCUGAGGACACGUGUGGUGGGACUACUAGUCAGUAAGUAAAGCUCGUUUUACUAGAAUCUGUAAAAACCACGUGCUAAGAAUCUUUUACCUUUUUGCUCUUUUUCUGAAAUUUCAAUCAUAACAUUUCUGGAGUUGUAGGCUUUUGUUUUUUUUUUGUUUUAAUUUGUUUUGUAAUAUUGCUAUUUAUGUUUAAGAUGUAAUCAGAUAAAUUAUGCGAGCCUCGAGUGUUUUUGGAUACAAAAUAGAAGUCAAACAAAAUUUCAAUUCCUUAUUCUGAAAGUACCG